AUGGGAAGCUGUGUUUCAUCUCCAUUGAGAGGUUCUCCCUUUAGGAAGAGACCAAGAAGAAGAAACAGUAGUAAGACCAAAUCAUCAUCUAAUCCUAAAACAGAUUCUUCUUCAACUAAUCUUUCUCGGAGACUGAUUUUUCAUCCACCGAGCCGUGUUCUUCCUGAACCUAUUGGAGAUGGAAUCUUCCUCAAAUAUGAGUUGGGGAAAGAAUUAGGCCGUGGUGAGUUUGGUGUCACUCAUGAAUGUAUUGAGAUCACUACUCGAGAAAGGUUUGCGUGUAAGAGGAUAUCAAAGGAGAAGCUAAGGACGGAGAUAGAUGUUGAGGAUGUAAGAAGAGAGGUUGAGAUCAUGAGAAGCUUACCAAAACAUCCAAACAUUGUCAGUUUUAAAGAAGCUUUUGAGGACAAAGACGCCGUUUAUCUUGUAAUGGAGAUUUGUGAAGGAGGAGAGCUUUUUGACCGUAUUGUCUCUAGAGGUCAUUACACUGAACGUGCUGCUGCUUCUGUCGCUAAAACCAUUCUUGAAGUUGUCAAGGUGUGUAAAAAAAAAUUCAAAUCUCUUUGUAUCUUAUUUUCCCGCCUUUAUUGUUGUUUCUUGCUUGUCAAGGUAUGUCAUGAACAUGGAGUGAUUCAUAGAGAUCUUAAACCUGAGAACUUCCUCUUCUCUAACGAAACCGAGACUGCACAACUCAAAGCUAUUGAUUUUGGUCUCUCAAUUUUCUUCAAACCUGGUCAACGGUUCAACGAGAUUGUAGGAAGUCCUUAUUACAUGGCUCCAGAGGUUUUGAGACGAAACUAUGGUCCUGAGGUAGAUGUUUGGAGCGCUGGUGUUAUACUCUACAUCUUGCUAUGUGGUGUUCCUCCCUUUUGGGCAGAAACUGAGGAAGGAAUCGCCCAUGCAAUCGUGAGAGGAAACAUUGAUUUCGAGAGAGAUCCUUGGCCAAAAGUCUCAGCUGAAGCCAAAGAGCUCGUUAAGGACAUGCUUGAUGCAAACCCUUAUAGCAGACUCACAGUUCAAGAAGUUCUUGAACAUCCAUGGAUCCAGAACGCAGAGAGAGCACCAAAUGUGAAUCUUGGAGAUAACGUGAGGACCAAGAUUCAACAGUUCUUGUUGAUGAACAGGUUCAAGAAGAAAGUCCUCAGGAUUGUAGCUGACAUUCUACCAAACAAGGAGAUAGAAGAGAUAGUACAGAUGUUUCAAACGAUGGACACUGACAAGAACGGUCGCUUGACAUUCGAGGAGCUAAGAGAUGGUCUAAAGAAGUUAGGACAAGUUUGUCCGGAUGACGAUGUGAAGAUGCUAAUGGAUGCAGCGGAUACAGAUGGGAAUGGGAUGUUGAGCUGUGACGAGUUUGUGACACUUGCAAUACAUUUGAAGAGAAUGGGUUGUGAUGAGCAUUUGCAGCAAGCAUUCAAGUAUUUUGACAAGAAUGAGAACGGAUUCAUCGAGCUAGAUGAGCUCAAGGAAGCUCUGUUCGAUGAUGAUAAGCUAGGCCAUGGUGGUGAUGAGUGGAUCAAAGAUAUCUUCUUUGACGUUGACCUCAACAAGGAUGGACGGAUAAGCUUUGAUGAGUUUAAGGCCAUGAUGAAGUCAGGGACAGACUGGAAAAUGGCGUCGAGGCAGUACUCUAGGGCGUUGUUGAAUGCUUUGAGCAUUAAGAUGUUCAAAGAAGAUGGUGGGAACAAUGGUCCUAAGUUUCAUUCCAUGGAGUUCCCUGUAGCAAAGAAGAAAGAUAAGAUACUUGAUCCCAAGAACAAGUCAAUGGAGCUUGUCCACUCCAGAACAUAUAAACCCUCAGGUCUAAGAAACUAA